AUGGCGUCGGAGCAGAAGCGAAGGGCGCGGAUUAAGGACAAGAUGAAGUCUCUGCGCAUGCUAGUGCCGCACGUCGAAGGUGCUAAUACCGCGGAUUUCCUUAACGAGGUUUACGAUUACAUCGUCACUCUGCGACGUCGCGCAGACCCCCACGAUCCAACUGACACCUGUCACCACCCGGUCGGCACCAUUCCCUGCCUCGACCUUAACGCGUCAGCCUCUACCGAAUCAAAAGAGGGCGACCGCGAAACCAGGCGGUGCUCAAUGCCCUCCGUGUGUCCCGCCGCCGCUCCCGCUGCCGUGUCGAAGCCUCGUUCUAGCUCCCCGUCAGACAUAGCCAAUACCGUCAACACGGCCAAUACGGCUCAUACGGAACAGGAACAGGAACAGACGCCUAUCAAGCUCUCCGCGCGCGAAGCGAUUCCGCAAGUCCAGGCAGGUUCGGACGCUUCGGCGCGCAAAGUAGCCAGCGGCGCUAAGUGCGAGACUGGAAAUACGUCCUCCCGGGGCGUGAGCAGCGGCGCGGAGGAGGUGGCUUGGAGCCGAUGCGGGCUGAAGCGCGCCCGCGAUUGCCGUAGCGACGAGGAGGGCGAAGUGCAGUCGGACGAACAGAGCAAGUCGGACCCCGCGCGCGCAGAUGUUCUCGAGCAGUGGCAGCAGCAGCAGCAGCAGCAGCAGCCACAGGACUCCCCGCAGAAACAGGAGUGUUCGGCGGAGUGCAGGCGGGUUGAUGACGUAGAGGAGGAUGUAGAUGAGGAAGGGGAGGACGAGGAGGAGGAGGAUGAGGGGGAAAUAGAGACGGAGGAGGAGGAAGAGAGGGAGGAGAGCGAGGAGAGGGAUGAGAGGGGGAAAACGGAUAUGGACGAGCGUCAGGAGGGAGAAGAAGAGGGCGAGCGGCAGAGCCAGCAGAUGGCGGCGGCUUUUUCCGGCUCGUCCGAGCGCCGAGAGCAGGGCUCAAGAGAAAGCCGACGCGUUACGGUGGAUGGGACGGUUGGUGGGGAGACUGGCGGAGACACUCGCGCGGCGGAAGCAGCGACGUCGAAGCAGCCUCUGCGGAGUACUCUUCGUUCUCUUCGCGGUGAAAACGCGGCAGCGGCGCACGGUGCUCCCGCCGCCCCAACCUCCUCUGCGGACCUUCCAGUGUCAGGGAAACAGGAAUCGGCGGGAGGCGGUACGCUGCAUGCCCUGCGCGCGCAGCAGGCGAAGCUGCACACAUCGUUCCCUGGCCGCAUGGGGGGACUCACGGCAGCGUGCCCUGCACCUCCCGCCGCCUCGCCUGCUUCUGCUCUUCCUCCUGGCAAGCGCCGUCGCCGCUCUGCUAGCAGCACAGCAGAACCAGCCACUCGCACCACCUCACAGAUGGUGUUCCGGCCGAUUGCCAUGAAGCCGCGUCCGUAA